AUGGACAAGAGGCCUGCCUUCAAUGGUGUCACAGAAUACCACAAGAAAGGUAACUAAAGUUAACAUAGAGAGAUAUCUUGUGCAGGAACACUUCCCCUAAAUUCUAUCUACUUUUAUUUUCAAUAUUAUGAGAUCUUAUGACGAUGUAUGCUUUCGUAUAUGUCACCCACGUGCCCCAGGAAAUUUCUGAAAAAAUGCCACUAGAUCUCCCGACUAAUUAAACGAAACGCUUUAUAGUUGAGUUCUUCUUUAAAAGUCUGAAUAAUACUGUUCCAAAUUUGAUGGUUAGUCGUGUUUAUAGGGACAGACGGCAUCUGUGCGUCCCGUCCUAAACAUUUCAGCAGUGGUGACCAGUCAUUUACAGCUGCAUUUAUGACCAACAAGCACACAUUUAGAGCUUUAUUUCCUUCAGUAAUAUGCGUUAUUUAAACAGGCCCUAGUAAUAAAAACUGUUUCUUGAUUGGCGUCGAUUGUCCUUGUUCAUCCCAAUAUAUUUUUUUUAUAGAAGCUUUUCUUUAUCCUAUUUAGAUCAACCACGAGACACUCAAACAUCCCACCGGGGUAAAAUUACAAACUAAUUAAUAACAUACAACUUCUCAGUUUGACACCUUAUUAUAGAUACUGGAUACAGAGUGGCCAGCCUUAAUAUUUUUGCGGGAGUAUUACUUUGUGGGUGGGAGACCUUUUGGAUUUUGCCGGAACUGAUUUUUGCGCAAGGUUGAAUCUGUUUUCUCGCCGUUUGGAAAGUUUUUGGCAAUUUUUUAAAGAAAUAACCUUGAACUUUCAUAGGCUUGUUUAAACCACAGUACAGGCAAAAUAGCCAUCUAAAAUAAAACACUCUUGUCGUAUACAGUUUGGUGUCGCUGCUGGAGUCACCUUUGAUAUGAAAAUCUCACCAUCACAUGUGUAAAAUUAUCUAUAAAUUUCGACCGCAAAUACAUUUUUUGCCGAUUAAAUUUUGGCGGCAGUUUUACUUUGUGAGAAUUUUUUUGGUUUUUUAUGAUGGUACUAAAAUAGCAGAAAUGGAACCCGCACAAAUUAAGUGCCACGCGGUAGGCACUUUUCUACCAAGGGAACUAAUUCCACAAAUAAAAAACCUACCCCUCGCGCAGUUUCGGUACCCCCUACUCGGCUGAAGAUAAGCACGAGCAUUGGAGAAACGUCAUAUGAGACCACUCGUUGUCUAACAUGUUUCUUCUGAACAAAAACCUUUUUCGUGUACUGCACGUGAUAGAAUGUCGUAAAAGUGAAAUGACAUUUUGCAGCUGCUGUGUUACUUAGUUCUUCAAUCACAGCUUAGGCCCCGACCAUACAUAUCCUUUUGGAGAUUUUUUGCUCCGGUUCAUGGCCUAACUAGACUACGAGCAGUAUCUCUUUUUUCUUGGUCGAUCGAGCUAGUCUGCGAAAACAUCCGUUUCUCCUCGCUCUUCGCCGCUGGGGUUCGCAGGCUACCUUUGAGUAAAACGUGCGAGACACUCAAAUGACCACGCGUGUGACUGAGGGCGCAAGACGGGAGAGGCACGUUUGUCGCGUCUCUCGACGCUCGCGCGCGUGCACUCCCCUCACUAAAUCUGAGGAAAAAGAGAGACUGCUCGCAGUCUAUGGCCUAACGUCCGCACAUAUCCGGUGAAAAUGGUCACCGAAAACGCAUCUUUUCAAAACCCCCUUCAAAGCUGAGAUUUUUGAAAACGCCGUUUUGCUGUGCGCGUGUGGAUGGAAGUAAACGAAGGUUUUUGUAAACGAUUACGUCGCAGUGUUUGAUACUAGUACAGUAAAUACGCAUGCUCCGAUAAAUAUAGCAACGUUUUCAGCCUUUUUGUGUGCGUGGGCAAAAACGAUUAGAUUUUUUAAAACCGGAGGAAACAAUCAGUCUCCAUUUUAAAACAAACACGGAACAUUUGGACGGAACCCUAGUUGUGAAGAAUGGAAAAUCACUAAAAUAACCAAUAUUAAGACUAAAAUUAAGAAAACUAGAGGUAAUCAUUGAUUGCGGAUCCGCGUUCGUCACUUACGGAAACGAAAACGAGUCGAAAGGAGUCCAGUUUCCCGGCCGAGAAGCACCUGAUAAAAUUAAUAGGGGUGGCUAAUCGGCAGUCGCCCGUGAUAGCUCGAAAAUUUCUGCCUUCGUGCCACAGGAACACCAGAUUAGGGUGCGUUCUGACGAACGCGAUAAGAAUAUAAUAAUUUACUAGAAUAAUAUUCCGGUGUGGUUAUUUGUCUUUCAAACUUCUGAUUCUCUGGACGUAAUCCUGUGGUGUUCCCAAUCAAAUGAAACCUCUUCGGUAGAACUUUUGUAAAAACUAAUUCGUUCUUCGUAGGGUUUAAGAGCUACGUUAUUAUAUUAUUUUUCAUUUGAUUGAUUGAUUUCAUAUAUAUACAUAUUUAGGCCCAUUUAGUGCCGAACCUGAAAAUGUUACCCACGCGCCCAUAGUUAAAGGGAGCAAAGCCGCAUCAGGAAAUUUAAGAAGAACCACGCCCAAGCCCAAACAAGACGGGCAGGGAUACCGUCGCAAAAGGACUGCAUUCAGCAUACGACAGCUGCAGAAACUAGAGACAGCCUUCCGGUGGAACAUGUACCCUGGCGUAAAUGUGCGCGAGUCGCUUGCCACAGAACUGGGAAUCAGCGAGGCAUGUGUACAGGUAAGGCGUCGUCGAUUUCUUACUUUAAAGGGGAUAUGUCAUGCUAUUUGUCACCUUUCCGAAUAGAUAAAACUUUUUUUGCAUCAAUUGAAUUCCAUAAAUAUGAUAUAUAGGCACUGAAACUGUUCCCUUUCUUCUGUUGCAAUGAAUGGAAAGGAUGGACAUGGAUUAAAACUUGAAAAAGUUGGGCCAACCUUUUCAGGUUUUAAUGCUAUGCCCGCAAAAUUAUCAAAAAAAUUUAUCUUGUUACUGCUUUCCGAUAAAAUCUAUGUGAUAUUUUCUUCCUAACGCUACAGGAACAUUUUUCGUAUGGGUAAAAGCACCAAGUUAUGACUUGAGCACAGAAUUGACCUCAAAAGAGCAAAGUAUCCUCAUGUCAUAACCCCUGCAAGGUAGUCACCUCUUGAUUGAAGCUUGUUUUUCGUGGUUUACAGAGUUCAGUAUAUAUGGUAGUUUAUUCGUAUGUUCACACGUUUGGAAUACAGUCACAAACGCGGUUAAGUUAAAGCCCUCUUGCAGCACUAUGAUCAGUAGUUUUAGUAUGAACUGUCUCACUGUCCUGCACCGACUCAUCCUGUAUCAUGUGAUAAACAGAACCACAGAAAGUACUGUGCGGCCCCUUUGAUUAAUCGUCAACAAAAGAAGCACUUUGUACGAUGUAAUAAACGCAUUGUUCUCAUAGCUUUCUGAUUGCAAAUUCAGGGCUUUUUCCACAUAAUUUUUCCCAGUACAAUUUAAUUUUCUAGACUCAACGUUAUCAAAUCAGAGAUCAAAACUAGGAACCUUGUCAAACGCAGGACUAAAGCUUUUCCUACGAUCCACUGCAAACGUACACUAAUUACAGUAUAAUGAAGACGUAGGAGGAAUCUGAAAUUGCUUAUUAUGUAAUUGAACUAAACAUGUUUUGGCUUUUAGAAAUUGAGCCCUCAAUACUCCCGCCUUUUUUCCAUUUCUCCAGACUUUUUCUCUUUUGUUCAAACCUCUUCUAAGUCUUGAAAACUAGUUUGCAAAUUUUAAGACUUUUUCAAGAAUUCACGACUCCGUCAAACCCUUUAAAAGUACGGCUCAAUAGCUUCGCAAUUCUAUUUUGAAAGUAACACUUUAGAAUUCCAUUUACGUAAGAACCACAUUAUGAGUUCGGAGGUUUCUAAAAAAAAUUAUGAGAAUUCUGCAGCGUCCAAAGCUCUCCCUUGCCCUCUACAGGUAUGGUUUCAGAAUCGUCGAUCCAAAUGGCGAAAGCGAGAAUGCAGCUAUCCUCCUAUUCAGAACAAGAAGCAAUUGCAACUAGGAUUGGCUUCAGGAAGUUUUAACACCUACAACGCUAAUGAACGUGACUGGCCGCUUUCACAGGUUCAAACUUAUUGCUCGUGUCAAUUUAAGUCGGCAGCCGGUGGAAUGCUCACGGUACCAACCAUGGCACUGAUGCCUACGAGCUCUGGGGUCAGUAAUCACCUUAUCACUUGUGCUUCUUUAUGUUCUACUCAUGUUCCGUCAGUUAGCAGAGGGCAUGAACUGGUUCGCCAGUAUAAACGUGAAGAAGAGGAUCCAACAUACGCUGAUCACAGAGAAUCCGUCGUAGAUGUCAAGCAAGCUACUUUUCAAAGGGAUCGUUCUGUAGACGAGCUUAUCGGUGCAAACGGGCUUCUGUGUAUGAGAGGGGGCGUCUUGCCUUCAUUUAUGUCGAAUGACAAACCUCUUUAA